GCAGGCAGCGCAGAAGAAGAAGCAGCAGAGAGGCAGCAGGACUGGAGCACAACCAGCAGUCUCAGCCUCAUGCUUCACCCUGGGCACUUCUCCUCCUCCUCCGGCCCGCUGAAGACAACAUUGUGACAAUAUUUAUUUUUUAUUUUUUAUUAUUUAGCCACACAAAAAAAAGUGGAGGGGAGGAGAAGGGGGGGCCGAGUCAUGGAGCUUUAUUGCCUGGAGUCGGACACAGCCGUGAGAGCCCAGCCUGACCCAAACAUCCUCUAUGAUGACAGAGUGUUGCAAAGUUUAUUAACCAUUGAGGACAGGUUUUUACCUCAGUGCUCUUAUUUCCAGCGGGUCCAGAAGGAUAUUCAGCCUUAUAUGAGACGAAUGGUUGCAGGUUGGAUGCACGAGGUAUGUGAAGAGGAGAAGAGUAAUGAAGACGUCUUCCCAUUAGCCAUUAAUUAUUUGGACAGAUUUUUAGCAGUGAUGUCCACAAGAAAGAGUUAUUUGCAGCUCCUGGGAGCUGUGUGCAUAUUCGUGGCCUCCAAGUUAAAGGACUUCAGGCCGCUCUCUGCAGAAAAACUUUGCAUGUACACAGACAACUCCAUCACACCACGGGAACUGCUGGACUGGGAGCUGGUCGUGCUGGGGAAGUUGAAGUGGAACAUGGCCUCAGUCAUCCCCAAUGAUUUUAUAGAGCACAUCAUUCGCAGGCUUCCCCUUCCCAAAGACAAGCUGGCGAUGGUCCGCAAACACACACAGACAUUCAUUGCCCUCUGUGCCACAGAUGACCGCCUUGCCAUGAACCCUCCUUCCAUGAUCGCCACGGGCAGCAUGGGAGCCGCUGUCUGUGGCCUGCAGCUGGACCACGCUGACCAGAGGCUGAGUCGAGACAACCUGACAGACCUGCUGGCCAAGAUCACCAACACAGAGGUGGAUUGUUUGAGGGCGUGCCAGGAGCAGAUAGAGCGUGUGCUGGCCACCAGCCUGCAGCAGGGCCAGCAGUACCGACAGGAGAACGGCGUCAGGGCAGGAAACAAGGCGAGAGAUCAGCAAGACCAGUCCAGCACCCCCACAGAUGUACGUGAUGUCAACUUAUGAACUCCCAUCACCAUUCGAAUUGCACACACCACUCAUGCCUGUUUACCAAUGAACUAACGGGAGCGAGGGGGCAUGAGCUGCCAGUAUGAACGCCACAUGAGCGAUGGUGUGACAAUCUAUGAACUUUUAGCAAAUAAGAAAUUUCUAGUUUUUCUCCUUUUUUUUGCCCCAUUCAUGCCCAGUUGGGUGUUUUUGUACUGUUUUGAAAAGCGCUUUAAAAAAUAAAGGUAUUAUUAAUAUUAUUAUUAGUACUUCCACCUUUUGUACGGGCCACACGUAAUCAAACAAGCUAUCUUGAAAACUUGAUAGUGCCUAGGUUUCCCCAGAAUGGAAACCUGAAUAUAUUUUCAUACUUGAACAAAAGAAAAAACGGCAUAAUUAUAUGAAAUAUAUUUCUUUUGAUACAACCUAGUAAAAAUAAAUAUGAUAAAUAAUGUAUAUUUAGCUAGCAUUUAGUUAUGUAACUCUUUUAUCAUCUUUAGUGAGCAGUUAUCGAUUCACAGUUUUAUUGUGUUUUCCUCACCUGUGCAGGAAAACUAUCGUAGUGAUUGAAAUGCUGAUAAUACAGUACAUGGCAUUUAAACCGAGCUGAUAUCCAGUCAGAGGAGCGCUACUGUAGCUAGCUGCUCCCUGUCUCUAUCAAUCAUACUGUGCACCUGUAGCACUGCUUACUAUUUAUGCUGAAAAGUGCUGGCCAGGAGUGGGCUGGGCCUGCUCACAGAGGAAGGACAUGAGGGGCUUUGAGGUCUGGAGCAGUGGCUACUGUUAACGAUUAACGCAGAGGUCUUGAUUUCACUGCUCAAUCCACAGACCAGUACAGUAUGUUAAUAGGACGAUGUGUACAUGUAUUAUAAUUUAGCAAGGCUACAUAAUAAUUGUUCUGUUCUUGGUCUAGCUCCUAUGUGUUAGAGAGUGUUAAGUAGAUGGUUUGCGGGCGAUCAUAGCCUCAGAUAGGUAGUAUGAUGUCAUGUUACUAGAGGAAAAGGAGAUUUGGCAAGUUGUUUUUACCAGGUUUGAGAGGAAAUGGACGCAAGUUGAAGUAGAGAUGUUCCGAUACCAUUUUUUCCCCUCCGGAUACCAAGUCCAAUACCUGAAUUUACGCAUUAGCCAAUACUGAAUAGAGAUCCGAUACCAGAUAAAAAUUCAGCAGCUGUAUACUACUAAUCCUGGUGGAUAUGGAUGUGAAAUUAUUGCUGUCAUUGACUAUGUUUACAUGCUCAAAAUGUUCCAGUUCUUGCCCUUACUUCAAAAAAGACAGUAUUCCUACUAGUCUGUUCACAUGUCUAAUAAAAAAUGAAUAUUCCUAUUUAUAUGCAGCUGUGUGUACUCCGGUUAUCGUGCCCUAACCUGUCGAUUAUCAUGCGAAAAUAUAGCAAAGUGGAAGGACUGGAGCCGUGUACAGCGUAUCCAUGACAACACACAGAUCUGACCGUAAGCAGGCGAGAGGCCGUGAGUUUCUCAACAAAUUACCUGGUAUCAGAUUCAUGCAUAGACUUAUGCUCGCUGAUAACUGAUGCAUCAUUUUGGACAGUAUCGGAGGUAUAUCUGAUGCCGGUAUCGGAACAGCUCUAGGUUGGAGGUGUUUGUCGUGAGGUUUUUUUGGAAAACAAAUGCAUGUGUAAAGUAGGGGGGAAGCUAGAAGUCUGGGUUUGAAUGAUAGCGAAACAGGAAGUUAACUUAAGCUAUGUAACGUUUCUGCAGAUAAGUUGUGCUGCAGUUUCUCCUGUUAUCAAUUUCACCAUUAAUUUUUUUUUUUGAGAGAGAGAGUGGGCGACUCGGAACAAUAUUGAUGCACUUUUAAAAACACACUCCUUAAGAAUGGUAAGGGGAUGGUGGUUGAGGAGAGUUCGGUGGGUUUAUAGGGUCUUUUUUUUUUUUUUUUUUUUAAGUUAUUUGAUUUUUUUUUUUCUGGGCUGGAUUCCCAUGGGGUAACGCACAUUGUCUUGAAAGCUACGCCCUGACAGGUGAGUAGACAUAGGAUAAUCGGUGUUAUAGUAUAUUAAGGAAAGCCAAGUCACUUGUAGACUUUUUUUUUUUGUUUCAGUGCGUUUAUGUAACCUUACUUGAAUUUUUAAUUCAUAGCCAAAACCUUCCAAUAGUUCUUUCAAACAGUGACACACGUACUGUGUCCUAAAUAUGCUUCAUGUUUUUGCUCUUUUUAUGUAAACUGCUCUCUGAACUGAAAUUUUCUCCAUUAUAGACAUGGGUAGGUAGGGGUGAAAGUUUUGACUGUAUAUAACCAAUUUCCCAACGAGCAGAAAUGCUGCAAAGUCAUUACAUUUUUAGAAGAGAAAUGUAAUCGUAUUCAUGCAUGUUCUGUUGUGCAAAAAGCCAAAUGUUCUCUGAAAAAAAGUGCUUUAAACAGAUAAAAUGUGUAUGCUUUAAAAGGUUUUGUGUAUAAUUUGAAAGAUAAUUCCAAGGUGAGAAAACUAGAUUAUACAUGUCAUUCUCUUGCUGCUAUGAAGCUUUUUCUUUUCUAGUCUUACACAAAGAUGCCUUAUUGUGAUUCACUUGUGUGCUGCUAUAUUAUGAAAUUGUGUAUAUGUAACAAGUCUUUGCUUUUUCUGUUGUAUGUGUACUGGAGGGAACGUAACACAGUUUAGGUGCGGGACUGGAAGUACUUUGUUUUUUGCCGAUCUUUUUUUGAUUAGCAUGUUUUAUUCUUUUUAUUGUUCCAUUUGUAUCUUUAUAUUCUACCAUAUUCUUGCUGCUUCUGUGUAAUGUUUGUGUACCUCAGGUUAAUUUGGACGAAUAGAGCGAGAGCCCAUCUCGCAUUACCUCAUCAAACAUCACAUCACACACACGUCGUUUUCACUCUGAAUUUGUUGGACGGGUUUCACGUUUUGUUUUUUUUGUUUUUUUGUUUUUUUUUCUGUCUGGAUGAGAGGAAAGACGGUGCUUCUCCUCUUUAAAUCAAGAAAUGUCUGCCGCCAGAUUCCACUGAGCAGUUAUAAGUGCCUAUACUUUAAAAUAGGUUAUUCGUAUAUCUAAAUAAAAAACUGCCUAUACUGUUUGUUAUACAUGUAUUUGGAAAGACAAAAAAAAAACAUUUUUUCCUUGGAAUUUCAUUGGAACAAAGUGGAAUAUUGUUUAUUUUUGAGGUACCCAUUUAGUUGAAGUUUAAACCACGAGAAUGUUUUAUCAUUGUUCAGUGUGGUUGUUUUUCCAGACUCCUCUCCCACUAUCCCCACGUGCAACCACACAGUGUACCUCAACAAUUUCUCCUCAAUAAAUUGGCUAAAAUCA